CAACAGUAGUGGUUGGUCCCAUGUCCUCCGCCUCUCCUGCUUCUGUCAACUGCCAUGUCCUAUACAAGUGCCUGACGCUGUUCCGCUCGCUGCCUCCUCCUUUCCUUUCGCCUUCCAAGAUACAACUGCCCACAAGCGACAUUGCGUCACUCGCCCGAGCAUCUCAACCAAACCGCGCGGUACCUGUUAGCAGCACACAACAUUGUUAUCGCCCUCUCCAGUCGGACACGUAGAAGCAACGGCCCUUCGCCGUCCGUCUACUGCAAACCACAAAAGUCGCAUGCACCACCCAAUUGACCCGUCAAUCGUCCUUCUCCAUACUCAAUCGCUGGCAUGAAAUACGGCGAUACCCUUCGCCAACGGUCAAUACCAGAAUGGGGCCAUUACAACAUCGACUACGACUACCUCAAAGACCUCAUCAAACACCAGACCACGCCGGGUACCAAUAAAGCCGUCUCGAUACCUGGACAGGGCGAAAGCACCGAGAAUGCCUUCAGAGGCACCUUCUUAAAAGUCCUACAAGCGCAACAUGAUCGCAUCAAUUUAUUCGUUCGGAGCAAAAGCGGCGAGAUCGAGCGAAGAUUGGACCACAUCAGUAAGAGUCUAAAACAGCUCCGGGCGAAGCGUAGUACCAAUUCGCCAAGUGCGCGCCUGCCCGCCAGAACUAUCGAGAAAUACGCAAAGAUCGACGCCGACGUCUCAAAGACUGCAGAGGAGAUUCGUUCGCUAUCGCGAUUCCAAAUAACACAACGGACAGGCUUUACCAAGAUUUUGAAGAAGUACAAACGCUGGACCAAGGACAAAGAACUUAGUGGUAUCUUUAAGGAGGAAAUUAGUAGCCGUCCCGACAGCCUCUUUCAGCUGGAUUUGGGCUACCUGCUCGACCACUACAUUGAUGUUCUCGGCGCCCUUCGCUCCGUGUUCGACGCCGACGGCACACCUGCAGCUCACAACAAGGAUACCAACAUCCAGUCAUCAGCUGCGCGCGUCUCGAAAAUUCUCGAACGGGGGGAUGAGUUAGACUUUGAUUUGGCGUUGACCACAGUUCCACUAGGCUCCAAUGGAAACAAAGCUGCUUACUGGAUCCACCCUGAUCAGUUCCUUGAAGUACAGGUGUUGCUGCUUCAGUACAUGCAACUUUUUACCGGCAACCCGACACUUACCCGCAGCCAGUCUUCGGCGACCAAUGUUGAUAAAUGCUUUGGGAAUGAGGAUGAAGUUGGUCUUGUCAUUUUGGACCAUGCGGAGGCGUUCGCGAUCAAGCAAAACGCAAGCACAAUAGGAUCAAGUGAGGCAAAAGAAGGAAACAUUGGCAUUAGAGCGGCAGGCAACGUACGAUGUGUUUCGUCUGGGAAGGCAGCGGUCGUUUUAUGCACUGGACCCGAUGCCCCCGGGCAAUCAUCAAUCAACACUACGACAGCGAAGUUGGAGCGAAAGAAGCUGCAAACCCUACUGGAUCCUGAAGAGCAUUCUUCGGGAACAGAUCAUGUCAAACGUCCCGAUAGCCAUAAGGCACAACCGAAGGGCGGUUCUCAAAGCAGUACUACCGCUGUUGGACAAUGGUUGGCGGAGCACACAGAGACCAAACCCAUCGCCGGCGCGAUUUCGAAGCGUACUAGGCUCAUCGGACUUCACAACAACUCUGCAGGAGGUAUCUGGGCGACUCUGGAUAGGGAUGUCUUCAUGAAGGAUUCAUUGCACCGAUAUCUCGAAAACGACGAUUGGGCUUCUGCAGCCCGCUCAGACUCCGUGAAGUUCCCCCACGCCAUUCUAGAGGUACGCCGCGAGGGCAAUCAAGCGACGGCCCUCAUUCAGACCUUGGAUCGAAGCCAUCUGGUGGAGCGUGUACGUGGUUUCUCAUUGGAAGUGCAUGCUGUAUGGACAUGCUGCAAGCCUAGUGCCAUGUCCGCGCCAAUCUGGAUGCCCCUUCUGGAGAAAGACAUACGAAAGUUGCCCGAGCCGGUCAGAAGGCGCAGUCGCAGGACGAUGAGCAGUGCCACUGGUUCGCAAACUCAUGGCUCGCCGCCACUUACGUCAACGUCCAAUACUUCAUAUGACGGGCAAUCGAGCCCUCUCGCAUCUCGAAACGGAGAGUCUUCUGCAACGUCGGCGCAAGAAUUCGUCGAUCCACCGCCACUACGAGCCUUUAGGAAGAAGCACCGGAAGCCAUAUUCAGACUACCCCCCACCGAUUGUUCGAGCAGACGAAGAACCGGAGCAACAGCGCUACUGGAACGAGUAUGACAACCCCGAGGACGAAGAGUCUGGCUACUACAUCUACGUUGAUCCUGAUGCACCUAUCACAUACCCUGGACAGGGGCUGGUUGAAGCCUGGACGAAGACGACCAGGAAGCUAUUCGGUAUGCGGGACAAGUCUGAUCUAGCAUCGCUUUCCGCAACUGAAGACGGUACUUCGGACGAGGAGGACGCGAUUGACGAACCGCCUUCAGCACGCGCUACCAAUUACGGCACAAUUCCGUCUAUGAAGCCCCCGUUGCAAGCUGGCCAUAUUAGCAACCUCGUCCGUUCCGUCCGCGAUCCAUGGCACGAUCGCGAGCUUCUACAUGAGCGUAGAACACUACUCGGUGAGCUGGAAACCCGCCAGCAUAAAACGGAAAUGACCAAACUCCGAUUCUACUCGACAUGUUUAGCAACAGCUAUGGUGGUUGAUAUAAUUCUAGGCCUCAUGACGGUGACUAGUCGUAAAAAAGAAAGAGGCGUUGUGGAUGCGGUGGUCCUUUUUGGCACAAUCGUGACGUUGUUUCUAUGCAUUUUUUCGGUGUUGAGUAUGAAGACGCGCAGGGAGAGAUUGAGCUGGGUGCAUCAGGGUGUUGUGUUGAUUGUUGCGGGCGCAGUUGUUGCGUUGGAUGUACUACUGUUAUUGUGGGUACUACGUAUAUGAGGAUAUCGGGGAGUGAAACAGCAUAUUAUUGCUUUGGAUACAUAUGGAGGACUUGAGUGGGGCUUAUGGGGAGUGUGACUGUUGGAUGGUAGUGGAUGAUUUGAAUGGGUACAGAGACGACUGGGCAUGACAAAGACCACACGACCUAUAUCAUAAAUAGCAAAAAAACAAUUCAAACCAAGUAACCUAUCCCA